ACAGCGGGACGCAGACAGGGGAGUUUUUACUGAGAGGCUUUCGUUCGGCUGGAUAAGAUCGUGGACGGUCUGUAGUGUUUCCUCUGCACAGCCACAGACACACUCAGCUGCACAGAAACACGACACAAUGCCAGCUGUCAAGAACAAGAAAAAGAAGGUGAAGAAAGAGGUUGUUGAUGAGGAAGAGCAGGGAGAAGUGGCCCUGGAUGUGGAGAUGGAGGAAGUGAUCAACAGGAGCCAUUCUGACAGCAGAGACCCUUUGACCCCAGAGCCACAGGAUCUAGCACCACAGAAGAAAAAGAAGAAGAAGAAGGCACCUACAGUUGAACACGAAACAGAGCAUGCUGAUACGCCAAAUGGCAACAUUGCUGAACCAGUGAUAGAUGGAGAAGAAAUGAAUGUCGCUGUAACCAGGAGGACAAAAAGGAAGAGGAAGGCGAAGGCUGCAGAGCACUCCAGCAAUGAUCUGGGAGCAGAAGAUGACGAUAUCAUCACAGACUCCCAGUCGCCCAUCCCCCAGCAUUCCCUGUUCUCAGCCCCGCACGGACAGAGCCAUCCGGCUGGCAAAGUGUUUGUGGAGAGGAACCGGCGGUUUCAGGGAGAGCGAGUGGAGCAUCUCCGACACUCUGAGUUGAUGGAUGACUACAUGGAACCCAGACAGCUCUGGACCACCAGAGAUGUUGCAAUACGAGUCCACAGCAGCUUCAGGGUAAUAGGUCUGUUCUGCCACGGUUUUCUGGCCGGCUUCGCAGUGUGGAACAUCAUUGUUGUGUACGUCUUAGCGGGCGAGCAGAUGACCACGCUCCCCAACCUGUUGCAGCAGUACCACCUGCUGGCCUACCCGGCUCAGUCUCUGCUCUACCUGCUGCUGGCCAUCAGCACUGUGUCUGCAUUCGACAGAGUGAACCUGGCCAAGGCCUCCAUGGCCCUGAGAGGCUUCCUCACCCUGGAUCCUGUCGCUCUGGCUUCCUUCUUGUAUUUUAUAGCCCUGAUCCUGUCCCUCAGCCAGCAAAUGGCCAGUGAUCGCAUCAACCUGUAUCCCACUGCCAACGAGACUCUGUGGCCUCCUGGUUCAGAGCAGCAGAUCCUGCGGCCGUGGAUUGUAGUGAACCUGGUGGUGGCGCUAUCAGUGGGCCUGGCCUGGGCCGUCGUCUCCACACGACCAGACAUCGACUACACAGAAGAGUUUUUGAUGACAAUGGAAGUGGAGGGAUACCCGAGAGGAGAUGAGAACCUGGACAUUCCGGCCUGAAACCUCUCUCUCUUUCUUUGUCUCCAAGUCUGUUUAUGUUUUUGUAUAAUGUAGCUUUGUGUUUGAGCUGAUUUUGCA